AUGAGACCCAAAAGUACUGAUGGGGCAUAUAUUGACUUAAGUAACAAUCCUAUGAUCGACGGACUUGCGCACACAGUACUGCUUUACAAAAACAGAGAAGCAACAGGAAAACAAAGAGGAAACAAUUCUGAUGGCUCAUAUUCUGAGCAAACACGUGGAGGCAAAAAUAUGUCAAACUGUAGUUAUCAGCAAGAUUUUGGUGAAAACUUAGGUCCACUGGUUACUUAUCGAGUCGAUGAUGCAUCCAAGCUAGGAUAUAAUGCUUUAUUUCGAUAA